AUGUCCGCCCUGCAGGUGCAGAGCGCAGCGGCCGAAGCUAUGCUCGCGACCGAGCCGGUAUCGGUGACGCCCGGAUCGGCCGCGGGAACUCCGGCCAGCCCCGCGCGGCACUUCGUCGACUCCAAAUUUUACCUGCUGGUGGUCCUGGGUGAGGUGGUGACGGAGGGGAACCUCAAGUGCGCCGUGGCCGACAUCGAGAAGGGUAUCCGCUCGUGGGAUGCCAAUCUGAUGGACUGCAACCUGGACCAGGAACUCAAACUCUUCGUUUCCCGACAUUCGGCACGGUUCUCCGCAGACGUCAAAGGGCAGAGAAUUCUCCAUCAUAAAAGUAACGUCCUGGAGACAGUGGUGCUCAUCAACCCCUCAGAUGACACCGUCAGCAGCGAGGUUCGACUGAUGAUAUCCGACUCUGCCAGACACAAGCUUCUGGUCCUGUCGGGCCAAAGCACUGAAAGCACCGGUGAGCUCCUACUUCAGUCCGGAUCGUUUUCUUUCUCCAAAUUCAUCGACAUAUUUACUGACCAAGAGAUCGGUGAACUGCUGAGCACAAUUCACCCAGAAAACAAAGCCAACUUGACACUCUCCUGCCCCGAUCAAGGCGACUGGAAAAACUCCAAUCUGGACAAACACAACCUGCAAGACUUCAUCAACAUGAAGCUAAACUCGGCCCUCAUCCUCCCAGAAAUGGAGGGCCUCUCCGAGUUCACAGAGUAUCUAUCCGAAUCGGUAGAGAUCCUUACACCUUUUGACAUGCUGGAACCGCCAGCUUCCGGUGGAUUCCUCAAGCUGUCGAAGCCGUGCUGCUACAUCUUCCCCGGUGGCCGCGGAGAUUCUGCUCUCUUUGCCGUGAACGGCUUUAACAUGCUCAUAAACGGCGGAUCCAACAGAAAGUCCUGCUUCUGGAAGCUGGUGAGGCACCUAGACCGCGUGGACUCUAUCCUGCUAACCCACAUCGGCGAUGACAACCUGCCGGGCAUCAACAGCAUGUUGCAAAGAAAGAUGGCAGAGCUGGAGGAGGAGCAGUCGCAAGAUUCCUCGCCAAACAGCGACUGGGUGAAGAACAUGAUCUCACCGGAUAUCGGCGUCGUGUUUGUGAAUCUUCCAGAAAAUUUGGAAAACUUAGAACCUAACUAUAGAGUGCGCAGGAAUCUCGAGGAGGCGGCAGCAACUCAGCAGUUCCUCGCUAAGCUGAAUCUGAGAAUGGAACCGUUGCACCGACCUGUCGGAAACACUAUUGAACCCAUUAUUCUUUUCCAAAAGAUGGGGGUAGGGAAGCUUGAGAUGUAUGUGCUCAAUCCAUCAAAAAGCAGCAAGGAGAUGCAGCAUUUUAUGAAGCAAUGGACAGGAAGCGAAAAGGACACCACAUCUAUCCUGCUACCAAACGGGAAAGAGUCAGAGUUUCCUGUAUCUUACUUGACUUCUAUCACCUCAUUGAUCGUGUGGCAUCCCGCCAACCCUUUGGAGAAGGUCGUGCGUGUCCUCUUUCCAGGAAAUGCUACCCAGCAGCACAUCUUCGAAGGUUUGGAUAAGCUAAAGCACCUGGACUUCUUGAAACAGGCAGUCGUCACUCAAAAAGCCAUGUCUGUCGACGUACCUUCAACUCCACCACUUAAGCAAGCCAAGAUGAAAAACCGAACAGACAGUAAAGAGAGCCUGAGAUCGACCCCAAAGCCGUCGCCAAGCAAAGGUGUCAAGAAGGAAUCUAGAGAGGAGGUGGCGGAAAAAGCCAAGUCAUAUGUCGAUGAACUGUCUCAUGAAAAACCGCAAAAAACUGAGAAAAAGGAAAAGACCCCUCUGAAGAAAGAACGAGCAAAGGUCCCCGAGAAAGAAUCAAAGGUAAAACCGGACCAGAAAGAAACGCCAGAAAAAAAGACGCCUCAAAUUAAAGCAAAAUUGGAAAAGGAGAAGAUUCCCAAGAAAGACAUCAAAAUAUCUUCAGAGAAGAAAAAAGAUGUGAAAAAAGACAUAGUCAAAAAAGAGGACACUCCUAAAAGAGAACUUAAGAAGGAUGAAAAGGUGAAAAAAGAGGACGCAAAGAAAAGGGACAUAAAAAAGGACGCUAGGAGAGAUUCUCCCAUGAAGGAGAAAAGAGACGAAAAAAGGGAUCCGAAGAAAGAUAUUAAAAAGCUGUCAAAAGAAACCAAAAAGGUAUCUGCUUCCAGUGAAGACAAAGCCCUGUCCCCUAAACCAAAAACCAUGAAAAAAGAACUCUUAAAGAAAGAACCAGGCACCCCUUCAAAACUGAAAGCCAAAGGAGGUCCAAAAGUGACAAAAGCGGGUGCUGCCAAAAGUGCAGCUGCUUUCACAGCAAACCCAGAUGCAGAGAGGGCUGUUAUGUCUUCCCCAGAGGACCUCACAAAGGACUUUGAAGAACUCCGAGCAGAGGAUCUGGUAGAAGAUGCAGUUGCUGCCAUAGCCCACUAUAAAGAACCCAUAAAAAGCCCCCCUGAGUCACCCCCUGAGGAAUCAGUCGAUGAGGGUAUCGCCACAACCGAAGCUGAAGUGCAAAGUAGAGCAACUCCAGAUGAACAAGCUCAUAAGGGUGAAAAGUUUGAAGACGAAGGAACCGUGAUGGAGGAAGUGUCCGAUGGAGCCGAUUACGAAGAGAAAGGGGAAACCGAAGAGGUUUAUGAGCCACAGAGACCAGCAAGCGAUCAAGAAGGGCGCUGUGAAGAUCUAAGUGAUCACGAACCUGCAGAUGAUCACAACUUGGGUGAAAGUAUAACAGAGGGAAAGGAAGUGAGUGUUUCCUUGUCCCCCAAAGAGUCCUCCCCCGUUUCUCCCGCUGCAUCCAUCCACGAUGAAAUGAUUCCCGCCGCCAUCGAGAGCUCGACUGCCUCGGACGAAGCGCCCGAGGAGUUUACGGUCACCUCUGGCCUCACGCACUCCUCCGUGGAGAUCUCUAGCGUGCCUACUCCAAUGGAUAAGAUGCUAACUCCGAGGGAUGGUUUGAGUGAUGAAAUGGCCGAUGAUGGCACCGAGUCACCGUCUCCAGAGGUUAGCAGAUUUGCUAUGUCGCAAUCUGAAGAAUAUGAAAAGAACAAACUACCUUUAUCUGAGGGCCAAGACCACAAGCAUACAGUCUCGACAAUAUCUCCAUCUUUGAUAUCAGAAGACGACAAAUUUCCUCAUAAUGGGAACGCAGAAGGAUUUACUACAUUUCAGGAAACAUUUAAAGAGCAGGAAACAAACUUGGCAAGGCCAACUUCAACAUCACCUUUUGUACAUUCUCCUCCAAGUGACCAAAAAUACAACUUUGAUUCUCCAUCAACGUUUGCCACCCCUGUUGAACUUUCUACCACAUUAGCAGGGUGCACCAGAGCAAUGGCAGAUCCUACCCUCAGCCCAGAAGACAAAACACUGGAAGGGCCAAGCUCUCCUCAGUCCUCAGGUCACACACCCUAUUACCAAUCACCAGUUGAAGAAAAAGCUGGAGCUCUGCCACCCAUGUCGGAAAAUGAAGACCAUGGCCCGAUUAUUGUGGAGGUCACAAGUGACAAAGAGGAAUCUUCCAACAGGGAUACACCCGAGCCUGAUGAUAAAGAGGGUUUUUACCCCACUGAUAAUGUUGCCUCCUCUCCUAAAAGCCCAACUUCAACUGAACUGGACUCCCCGAAAAAGAAGGACCUAGAUCACAUUGACCAAUCAGUCUUUUCCUCAACAGCACAUGGGAGACAAGAAUCGGAUGCCCAUUCCAUCCCAGCUUUCAAAGAAGAGAGCAAGAUGUCCAUUUCUGAAGGUAGCACAUCAGACAAGUCCGGCACACCUCUGGAAGAAGUGGUGGCUGAGGAUGUGUUUUCACAUCUAGCCUCGGCAUCCACUGCUUCCCUCGCCACCAGCUCUUUACCCGAGCCGACCACAGACUCUCCUUCCCUUCACGCUGAGGUCGGCUCUCCUCACUCGACAGAAGUAGACGACUCCUUGUCUGUUUCGGUAGGUCAAACCCCUACUACCAUCCACGGGGCAGAAGUGGCAUCUCCAUCCAAGGAAGACUGCCCUCGGCCCAUGUCUAUUUCUCCAGAUAACUCACCAAAGACCAAAAUUGGCACACAGACUCAUGACGCAAAGUCACCUGAGCAUUCAACCGUCUCAAUGGAGUUUGGCCAGGAAUCUCCUGACCACUCCUUAGCCCUUGACUUUAGCAAACAAUCUCCAGAGCAUCUGUCGGCUGGAAGCAACUCCCGUGCCACUGAGAAUGGCCCAACUGAGAUUGAUGACAGUCCAUCGGCUGUUGCGAGAGCGUCCGAGGAGCAAACCUCUACAGUCGAGAAGCCUUUGCUUUUUGAAGACGCCGAUUCCGCUCGCGCUACUUCUGUGACGCCGUCGGACGCAUCCCAGUCCACUCCCUCCGUUACAACCCCAUGCCAAAUGACAGAGUUGCCCCUGAUGGUUGAGCAGACAGACAAAUCCCCAGUCACGCCGAAGGCAGCCUCUGUCACUCAUUCAGCCCCCCAUUCUCCCCAUUUCAGCGAAGCUUCUCCAGCUUCAGAAGGUCCCAUAGAAGUCGAUACCACCCCGAUUUCACUGGCUGCGGAACACAAAUGUGAUGAACUGGACAAAACCUCAAAAACAGCGUCACUCACCCACUCUGCUCCACAUUCACCCCAUUCCAGUGAGGCAUCCCCAGUGUUAGAAGGUCCCGUGGAGAGACGCAUCAGCCUCACUUCACCAUCUGCAGAGCACAAGUCUGACACACAAGAUAAGCCUGACAAAUCUCCCGAAACAAGCUCCCUAUCACCUUCAUCGUUAUGGUUUUCAGAUGAAGGGAAACCUUUGCCAGAAAAGGAGACCAACUCAUUUCUAUGCGAAAGUUCAACACUUGAAGUCAAAUCUCAUGAGAGCCCCAAUGUCUCUUCCCCGUCAUAUCUACCUCUGUCUCCACAUUCUCAGGAUACAGCCUGCUGCUUCAGGCAGCCAGAUUCCUCCAAGAUCAGUACAUCUGACAUGUCGAAGACAGACGUCGACCUCUGUUUAGUCACAUCGUGUGAAUACCGUCAUCCCAAAACGGAGCUCUCGCCAUCUUUCAUCAACCCCAACCCACUGGAAUAUUUCAUCAACGAGGACAGUGCGCUUGAGGAAGAGAAGCCUCUAGAGGUUGUUGGAGGAGGGCCUCCACCUCCAGGGGGUAAGCUUUCUGCCAAGCAAUGUGAGGAGACGCCUCCAACAUCCAUGAGUGAAUCCGCCCCCUCACAGACUGAUUCUGAUGUACCUCCAGGGACCGAGGAGUGCCCCUCUAUCACGGCAGAUGCUAACAUUGAUUCAGAAGAUGACUCGGAGACUCUACCCACUGACAGAACUGUCACCUACAGGCACGUUGAUCCUCUCCCAGUGGGGCGCAGGGACUCACCUCCAUCUGCGGGACCUCAUGAUGUCUGCAUGAUCGAUCCGGAAGCCCUCAAGGCGGAAGAAAAUCGCCACAAUGCUAACACAGAGGCCGCAGAAAAACCCAAGAAGAAAAAGCUGACCAAAAAGGCCUCGUCGCCAGCUCGGAAAACAGGUCUGUCAAAGGUGAAGGAUUCCAAGUCUGCCUCUCCUAAGAAGAGUCUUGGAGAAGGCAAAGAUGCCAAAAAUGCAACCAAUACAUCAGCUUCUCGAAGUACCAGUGGGAAGGCGAUGAAUGGUGCAUCGUUGUCUAACUGUCCUCCUGUGUAUUUGGAUUUGGUUUACAUCCCCAAUCACUGCAACGCUAAGAACGUGGAUGCUGAAUUCUUUCAGCGGGUGCGCUCAUCAUACUACGUGGUCAGCGGCAACGACCAGACGUCUCAGGAGCCCAGUAGGGCUGUCCUUGAUGCUCUGCUGGAAGGGAAAUCCCAUUGGGAAAACAAUAUGCAGGUCACCCUGAUACCGACCCAUGACACGGACGUGAUGAGGGAAUGGUACCAGGAGACCCACGACAGUCAGCAAGAUCUCAACAUCAUGGUCCUGGCCAGCAGCAGCACAGUGGUCAUGCAGGAUGAGUCCUUCCCGGCGUGUAAGAUAGAGAUGUAA